GACAGCUGCCCCUUUUCCCUGCAGUUCUGGCACAAAUCAUGUUUCCACUGCGAGACCUGCAAGAUGACCCUGAACAUGAAGAACUACAAGGGCUACGAGAAGAAGCCGUACUGCAACGCGCACUACCCCAAGCAAUCCUUCACCAUGGUGGCCGACACGCCCGAGAACCUGCGCCUGAAGCAGCAGAGCGAGCUGCAGAGCCAGAUCCGCUACAAGGAGGAGUUUGAGAAGAACAAGGGCCGAGGGUUCAGCGUUGUGGCCGACACGCCCGAGCUGCAGCGCAUCAGGAAGACCCAGGACCAGAUCAGCAACAUCAAGUACCACGAGGAGUUUGAGAGGAGCAGGAUGGGCCCCGUGCCCAGCGAGGGGUCGGAGCCCGAGCGCAGGAACUGCCCCGAGAGCGGCGGCUACCGGAGAGCAGAGGGGCAGCUGGGGCAGCCUGGGGGCACAGCCCAGCCUGGGGCACCCAGAGCCCAGCUUGGGCCGCCUCCAUCCCAGUCCUACGGCUACAAGGAGCCGGUGGCUCCGGCCUCGAGCCAGCGCAGCGCCCCGGCCGGAGGGGGGAAGCGUUUCCGUGCCGUCUAUGACUACACGGCUGCGGACGAGGACGAGGUGUCGUUCCAGGACGGGGACACGAUCACCAACGUGCAGCAGAUCGAUGACGGCUGGAUGUACGGCACGGUGGAGCGCACGGGGGACACGGGCAUGCUGCCCGCCAACUACGUGGAGCCCAUCUGAGCCUGUCCCCUCCCUGUCCCCUCCCUGUCCCCUCCCUGUCCCCUCCCCCUGGCUCCGCGCUGUCCCGUUUCUCUGGCCGGUUCUGCCCCGUGGGGAUCAGAGCUCCGGGGUUUUCCUGCUCCUGUCCCUGGUGGGGGAAAACUCCAGAAAUCCCUGAAAAGGGAGGGACAGGGACAGGGAGAGGCCAGGACAGGAGCAGAUUCUGCUGGGGGGUGGGAGAGGCAAGGGGGGC